UGCCGUCCCGGCUCCAUUUCAUCUCCUGCAGAUCUCCAGUGGAGGGAGGCCCCUCAUCUUCAAUUCCAUCUCCCCCCAUCUCCAAAUAAUAUAAUAUAAUGGCCCCUUCCUACCGUCCCUACGCCGGCGGCGAGGAGCGUGAUGCGCAGAGGAAGAAUAAGAAGAAGAAGGCCGCCGGGCUGUGGGGCGGCGACCCGGCGGAGAUGAAGCGGCGGAGGCGGGUGGCCGGGUACAAGGCGUACGCGGUGGAGGGCAAGGUGAAGGCGUCCAUCCGCAGGGGGCUCCACUGGAUCAAGGCCAAGUGCGCGCACAUCAUCCACACCUAGCAAAGCAUAUGCAUCGUUGCGUUGCCCAUUUGCCCUGCUCCUGCUUCCUUCUUUGCAUUCGCCUAGCUAGCUCUAGCUACCUGUUUCUGUUUAUUCCUUUUUAGUUUUUCUUCCUCGAUCUGCAUGUAUGCCAGUAUUGGAUUGGAUUGGAUUGGAUUGGAUCCAUCCAUGUGCUGCAGCUUCUUCUGCAUGUACUAUACAUCGAGAUCGAUCGAUCAGGUCGGAUUAUGCAUGCUUUCCAUUGCUUGCGCCGGCAGACAUGAAUAAUGCAAUUAGUUAAUGGUGAUGGAAGGAUUUCCUUUA